AUGGACAAACACGACGAGACUGCCAAGGAGGAAGAGGUCGAGUACAUUGACUUCAAAAAGCCUGAAGAACCAAUCUCUGGAGAAUUUGACAACGACCAAGCAGAUCUAUAUGCUGAAGCCCUUCGACGCUAUCCGAACGAUGAAUCAAUAGACCAGGCCGAUGAGAAAAGGUUGAAGCGUAAGCUGGACCUACGCAUUAUACCACUGCUAGGUGUAUGCUACUUCUUCUACUAUGUCGACAAGACCACCUUAUCCUACGCAGCAAUCUUUGGCAUUAAGAAAGAUCUGGACCUUACUGGCGAAGAGUACUCAUGGUUGUCAAGUAUCUUCUAUUUUGGCUGGCUGAUCUGGGCGAUCCCUUCGAAUCUCAUCAUGCAAAGAUGUCGACCAGGAUGGUAUCUGGCCUUCAACAUCUUCAUGUGGGGAGCACUUCUGAUGUGCCAGGCUGCUGCGAACAACUUCGCAGCUUUGGCUGCACUUCGUGUUUUGUCUGGAGCUUUCGAGGCUAUCGCCGACCCAGCAUUCAUGCUCAUCACCUCCAUGUACUAUACUCGUGAAGAGCAGCCCUCUCGUAUCGCGGCCUGGUACGUAUUCAAUGGCGUGGGAGUCGCUGGUGGCGGUCUGAUUGGAUUUGGUAUCGGUAACAUCCACGGGGCUUUGGCUUCCUGGCGAUACGAGUUCCUUGUCGUCGGCGCAUUCUGCUCAGCAUGGGCAAUCGUCCUCUGUUUGCUUCUUCCCAAUUCGCCUACAACAUUCAAAGGCUUUUCUCGUGAUGAAAAGCUGAUCAUGAUCGCGCGCCUGCGGCGCAAUCAGACAGGUGUCGAACAGAAGCGUAUUGAUUGGGACCAAAUCAAGGAGGCUUACCUCGAUUACAAGACUUGGCUAUUCACCUUGCUAGGUUUUGUCGCCAACAUUCCUAAUGGCGGAUUGUCAAACUACUCCUCACUGGUCAUCAAAGGUCUAGGAUUCGAUACCCUACACACAGCGCUGUUGGGUAUCCCGCAGGGAGCUCUCGUUGUGAUCUGGAUUGCCCUCGGAGCCUUGGCAAACAGAUAUUUGCCCAAGAAUAGUAGGACAAUUGUCUGCGCGGUAUUUAUGAUUCCAACGAUUGCCGGCGCUCUGGGCUUUUUAUUGGCACCCGACAACGCUUAUGUUGGGCGCUUGAUUUGCUUCUACAUGACGGGCUCCUACCAGGCGUCAUUUGUAUUAUCUCUGUCACUCGUGACCAGCAACACGGGUGGCCAGUCAAAGAAGAUGAUAGUCUCGGGCAUGAUCUGGUUUGGUGCGUGUGUUGGAAACAUCGUCAGUCCGUUCUUCUACAGACAAGAGCAGGCGCCAUCAUACUCUCUCGGUAUUGGCUCCCUGUUAACAGCAAACUGCAUUGAAGUCUUGUUGUUCGGCGUGCUGAGAUAUGCUUUCAUCUGGGAGAACAAGCGCAAGGAAAAGACCAGGCUUCGUAUGCGCGAGAGUGGCGAAGCUGCUGCGUUGAACGACACAGCGUUCAGCAAUUUGACGGACAAGCAGAACCCUAACUUCGAGUAUGUCUACUGA